AUCCUCCUGAUAAAGAUGAGAUAAUAAUAAACGGAAAAAAUCGAGGAAAAUCGGCGCAGUUCAAUUUGCCGAACAGAAGCAGAAGAUCGAUAAUUGCGAUUGUCUCGAAAGCAAAAAUGAAAGAAAAAAAUCCGUUUCGCUUUUAUCCCUCUCGAUACGAUCCCUCUCGUUCGGGUUCCUCGACCCUGUUCUCGCGAAAAUCGGGUGACCGAGAUCGAGGAAUGGCGAGGGGAGCGCGUUGGGGGUAGGCGAGGAAGGGUCCGGCGGCUGAUAUCGACCCGCGCCGAGGGAGAGCCGAGGAGGGGGCGGCGAGGUUCCGCAUGGCGCAAGCCUGGCGGAGAGAAGAGAAGAGGCGGAGGAGGCCCUCCGUGCAUGGGGAGAAGAAAGAGCACCGCCAGUAGCGACCCGGCCAGUACCCCGCGCGCGGGUGCAGCGCUGCAUCUGCGUGAGCGUGUGUGCGUGAAACCCUAUCUCGUGCCGUUCUCCCUCCAGAAAAGGGGAGGCAGAUCAACCGGUUGGAAAUCGUGGACACAAAUCGUCGACUCCAAAUCCACAUGCGUGCGUGAAGCGAGCGAGAUCCUCCUUCGCUGUUGCUGCCCAAACGGAUGCUCGGCCGUGUUCCUCGAGCGAGAAAAUUAUCGUCCGGCUCGAGUUAAUCGCGGCGAACCUCGAUAUGUGAGAGUAACAGGAGGAGAGAAGAGAGAGAGAGAGAGAGAGAGGGGGAGAGCGGCGCCAUGUUACGGAGGCAAGAGACGUCGAACGAGGAUUCGUACCUGAGCGCGGGGAGGCCGUCGAACCUGCUGCGGACGAGCUUCAGCAGCGCGAAGCUAGAGACGCUGUACAGGGCCUCCUCCCUUCAGCAGAGGCGGGGCGGGCUCGAGUACUUCCUGCUCUCGGCGUUCCUGUUCGGGGCGAACACGUUGUUCACGCCGGGGCAGGGGCUGCCCGUCCGCGGCCUGACCGCCGUGUUCCUGGGCCUGAACCUGGGCUUCCUCGCCUGGGCCAAGCACAACCCGAGGGCUAAGGACGCGCUCUGGUCCCUGGUGCCCCACAUGGCCUGGCAGCUGUCCACCGCGCACCUACUCGCUCAGCUGUUCCUCAAGUCGACCGAGGUCACGCCUAGGGACGGCCUCGGCUGGCUGUUGCUCAUGCUCUACCUGCUCUUCGCGACGCUGCCCCUCAGGCUCUCCCUCUGCGUCCUGCUCGCGUGCACCACCGCCACCGUAUACGUGGUGUCCGUGGUGGGACUGUCCAGGGCGCCUGCACAGAUACCCGUCGACGUUCUGGUGCUGACGGUCACGCUCUCCAUGAGCGCCAUGAUCCUGGGCGUAUCCAGUUACUCGUUGACGGAGUUCCAACAGCGUAGAGCGUUCCUGGAGACCAGGCAGAGUUUGGAGGUGCAAUUGGUGAUCGAGGAGCAGAGCACCGAGCAGGAGAGAUUGUUGCUGAGCGUGCUCCCGGAACACGUGGCGGUGAAGAUGAGGCAGGACCUGGGCGCCUCGCUCGACACCCAGUUCAAAAAGAUCUACAUGUCGAGGCACGAGAACGUCUCGAUCCUGUACGCGGACAUCGUCGGGUUCACCGCCAUCUCCUCCACGUACAGCGCGAGCGAGCUGGUCAAGAUCCUCAACGAGCUGUUCGCAAGAUUCGACCAGCUCAGCGAAAGGUCCUUUUCGAAUCGAAUUUAUCGAAUUUUUAUUGGAGAAGGGUUGGAAUCUGUUAAAGAGAUUGUUGUGCAGCCUCCUCUUAGCUGCCGAAUUAAUCGAUAAACGAACAAACGGAUUAAUCGGCGAGGCGAAGAAGAACUCGCCGUGACCCCCUUUUCGUUCCCAGCGAAUAAUGAAAAUCCUGAAAUUGGCCGCCGCCAAAUUGACUUUAUCCUUUCUUCUUCCGCCCCUCGAAGAAAGAGUCCUUCGCGAGGCUUGGCAAUCGAUACGGCCUGGCACGUGAGCGACAUCGUUUCAUAUUUCAUUUUGGAAGAAAAAAGGCCAUUCUUACCAUCGAUCACGAGCUACUUACUCUUUCCCUUUUUUUAUAAAUAUCGAUUGCGAGGGAUGGAAUUCUCUCAGUUGAAUUUCCGUGUAAGCAAAAUAAUCUUGGAAAAAAAAAAAAAGAAAAAAAAGAAACGUCGAAUCGUAGCCGGAGGAGUGAAUCUGAAGGGUCACGCACACUGGUUGAGCCUGCGCUUCAAGGACCCGAAGGUGGAAUCGGCGUUCCACAACGCCGAGGAGGCGUUCUCCCCCCUGUCGUUGUUGGGGGGCCCGUUGGUGAUGGUCUGUUCCGCUCCUGUUUGGAGGUAUCAGCCGUGGGGGCCUUUCACGUGGGGCGGGAUCGGGGUCGUGGUGCUGUUCGCCGUUGUGUUAGCCGGCGCCACCUGCCUGGGCAGCUCCAUCAAAGCCAUGUGGCUGAGAAGAGCCCUCGCCUCGCUCAUGGUCUUCUCCCUCGGCCUUUUCCUCCUCCUCGAUAUGUUCAACUGCGUGGUGGUCGACGAAGCUAUCCCGUCCCUAAACUCGACCACGAUAACACUGUCGACGAGGUGCCCGUAUCCCUCCUACUACUCGUACAUCGGCGUGUUGACGCUGGUGGCGACCUCGAUGCCGACCUACAUAUGCUACCUGGGCAAAGCGUACCUGAUGUAUACGAUCGCGGGCUUCCAAUGCUUCAUCAACAUCUGGCUGCUCGGCUCGAAGCUCGACUGGGAGGACCACGCCUCCUCCCCCCUCCAACCGUCCGCGGUUCCCUCGAAAUUCUGCCUAUCCGUCACCCUGCUCACCGUCGCCACCUCCUUGGUCAUCGUGUCCAGAUACGCGGAGAAGUCGAGGAGGAUGUUGUAUCUACGGGGGAGGGAGGUGGUGGCGCAGAGGGAGAGGGCGGCCGACAUGAAACGAAGGAACGGCGCCCUCAUAUACAACAUCCUUCCACCCCACGUGGCCGCCUAUUUCCUCUCGAGGGCGAGACACCACGACGACCUGUACAGCCAGAGCUACGCCGAGGUGGGCGUCCUGUUCGCAAGUAUGCCCAACUUUGCCGACUUCUACAGCGAGGAGAGCAUCAACAACCAGGGCCUCGAGUGUCUCAGAUUCCUGAACGAGGUCAUAUCCGAUUUCGACGCGAUCCUGGACCAGAACAAAUUCAAGGACAUAAUCAAGAUCAAGACGAUUGGGUCGACGUACAUGGCCGCGUCCGGGAUCACCGAGUCGGCCGAGCCGGGGGAGGACGCCCCUCGAUGGGGCCACUUGUCCACCCUGGUCGAAUUCGCCCUCGAGCUGAAGAAAGCGUUGUCGAGCAUCAACGAGCAGAGUUUCAACCACUUCGUCCUCAAGAUGGGGAUCAACCACGGCCCGGUCACAGCGGGGGUGAUCGGGGCGAGGAAGCCCCACUACGACAUCUGGGGGAACACCGUGAACGUGGCGUCCAGGAUGGAGAGCACCGGGAAAGUAGGCUGCAUCCAGGUCACGGACGAGACCCGCAAGAUCCUCGAGCCGUUCGGCUUCGGCUUCGAGCAGCGCGGCCUGGUGUUCGUGAAGGGCAAGGGCCAGCUGCUCACCCACUAUCUGGUUUCCAAGGACGGCGUCUCGUUGAACCUGGACAGCGACCUGCCGGUCGAGCCCACCCAUCCGAUCAUCUAUCAGUAGGGGCUGGGACGACGACGCUCGAAGGCUCUAAAAAAAAAAGAAGAAGAAAAAACUUCGAAGGAGGAGAGGGGACCCCUCUCUCGAUAAAAGAUCUCCCUCGAGCGGAGAGGUGGGGAAAACUCGGAGGAGGAGGAGGAGGAACCGAGAAACUUGGUUGGCUGAUUGGGAUCGUUUUGGAAGGCCGCCACGAUUCUUCACGAAUAAUCAAACGAUCGUUGUUUUUAACCUCGAGGAGUGUCCUGGAAAAAAAUGUCAGCCAGAAAAAGAAGAAAAAUUCUGUCGCAAACCGUGGCCUGCUAUUAUCGUGCAUCGAGCACGAAAAACAGGGUACAAAAUCGAAGACGUAACACAAAAUUAGGAUUAGAAAGACGACACUCGAGGGGAGACGAAUAAUGUAAUGUAAAAAAACGAACGAAGAUUGACUUAGCUGGAGGAAAAGAAAUCUAUCUAUAUGAUUGAAGCGUCGUUCGUAGUAGUAGGCUGGCUUCGAGCAACAACUCGGAGUUUCGGAGUCGAAAACGAAAUUGAACCGAGGAGAAGAAAAGGAUAGGAGAAGAGGAAAAUCGAUCGAAGAGUCCAGUCGAAUCUUGCAUAUCUAGGAUUAAAUUUAAUUAGCCUUGAAAAACUAAACUCGAGAAUGAGAAACGGUGUCUAGUCGAUCGAUCCUAGCCUAGAAUCGAUGAUACGUAAAUUAAGAAAGUGUGUGUGCGUGUGUGUGUGUGUGUGUGUAUAAUCGUUGUGGCAGGAUCACUACGCGAUCGUCGACUCUAUUUUUCUAGAUCCCACGACGGGUGGGGACGCGUGGCCAAUCAGGGGACAGGUCUUUUUCCUAACGCGUGGCUGUAACACAGACAGAAUCGAGAUGUAUCCCUUCACGCUAGCGCGUUCUCUCGGCCGUUCCUUCGAACUAAUGUAAUCGACACGUGCCACGACUAUGUGCUUUCUUACGAUCUCAAUCUCUCGUCGUUCAUUCGCACGAUGCCCGAGCGAGAUUACAUACGCUUCUGCUAAAAAAUCUUGCGACACGUUCUUUUUUUCUUUUUUCUGGAACGAUUAAGCGUUGCAAAUGUCGUGAGAUUUUCGAGCGGCAGUGUACGAGUAGAGUAGAGUAAUAUUUCGAACGUCUUCUCAAGGGGGAUAAAUAAUUUUUUUGCUCCUUUUUCUCGAGGAAUUUCAGAGUCUAAUCGUUGUGUGAUGAUUUUUCGACAUCGAUCGACAUACAAUUAAAUUAAUCGAACCCGAUUUUUCGCGGUAUUGUAAUUGUUACGAUAAUUAAAUUAUAUUAUCAUGUGUAAAUUGAUCGAGUCGCGGUGUACGAGAUCGAUGUGUAGAUAAUCGACUAUCGUCGAAAAAAAAAGAAAGAAGAAGAAGAAGAAGAAGAAGAAAAGGAAUAUAUUCCAAAAUUAUCGAAAAAUUGAAAGUAAAAGAAUUGUUGUGUAAAAAAAAAAAAAAAAAAAUACUCGUAGAAGCUCUAAGGAAAAAAAGAAAAAAAGAAAAAAAAAACUUUGUCGAUUACUAGAGCUCUGUUCUCGUAGAAUUUUGAAGAGGAUGUAUAUAUAUAUAU